UUCGUGGGCAGACAAACCAUCUCGAAAGUGACACUUUUCAAAUGCUUUGACGAAUUAACAAACCAAGAGCCCGUUGGGUGUAGUUGCGGUUUAAACAUAGCAAAAACAGCUUUUAAUCAACAAUUGUUUUAAGAGGAAUUUAUUAAUUAAGAGGAACAAGCAGUCCUCCACGCCAUCUUAAAAAAGGUACGACACAAGUGAUCAUACAAUUGAAGGUCACUCGCGGAGAAGUAUGUAAGUGCAGCAUCAUGAAAACGUCAAACGUAAACAAUCCCGCGGAGGAGCCCCAAGGUUCUUCGCUGGAAUCAUCAACCGAAUAUUACUUUGUUCAAUUUAAUAGCGAAUCUGAAGGGGAAGUUAAAAAUGUAAGAGAUGACAAUUUUGAGAUCAAUAAACGCAAUCUUCGUAAAAUCGAAGGUCUAGAGGCCAGGCUGGAAGUUUCUGAGAAAGAAAAGAUAAGACUUUAUGAAGUUCUCAUUGGAGAAAAGGACAAUUUAAUAAAAUUGAUCACCGAAACCAAGAACUUAACCAUUAAACAAAUGCAAAGUCAAAUUAACGAUUUACAUUAUGUGCUUAACUUAAAGAACUCGUUAAAUGAAAACAGUGCUAGAGAAAUUCCAGAAAACUUGGAUUCAAAAGACAUGCCCCAUAUUUCUGAGGAGCGUCAACCUAUUAAAAUUCAGUUGGGGACCAUGAUAAAUCAAAUGGAGUUACAUAAAGAAUAUAUCGCUGAGUUGGAAUCAAAGGUUCAAGAAAAGGAUGCUCUAAUAGCUAAUUUUGAAUCGAAAGUAGAGGAAAUGAAAAUUCACUUGGAGAACUUCAAAGAAAACUCAAAGAAAGAUGAAGAUUGUCUAAAGGUCAAAAUUGCCGAACUAGAAAAGAAAGUUACCAUCACAUCAGCUGAACUCAAUGAAAAAGAUAACCAAUUGAAACGAACUUCCUUGGAUCUAAAUAUAACAACAGAGAGCAGAGUUAGAACCGUUGUUGGAAUGAAAUUAGGUCUCUUCAUGGCUGUAUUCGAAGAUAUUCCAUCUGCUGGCUCGGAUUGGAUGGUUAUUCAACAUUCCAGUAGCUUUGGUCAUCAAGCAUUGCAAAACAUUCCGCAAUCACUAAGUAAUGGCUUUGGUGAUUUGAACGGAGAUUACUUUCUUGGGUAUAAUAUCAUUCAUCAAUUGACAAGCACACAAACACAUGAAGUGUAUGUUAAAUUUGAAACUGAAAAUAUAACAAGAUUUGCAAGAUACGAUCACUUUGUUGUUGGAAGCAAAGAUGGGAGGUACAUAUUAGAGUUCCUGGGUUCCUAUUCGGGAGAUUUUGGCGAUUGCUUACAACGUCAUGAGAAAAAAGAAGUACCCCAACCCUGGUUUAAUACAUACAAUCAUUAUUUGAAUCCAGCUACUGUAAAAUCUUUCAAAAUGUUUAUAAGGCCGAAAAAGGCUACCAAUAAGUCAAUGAAGUUUAACAAUGCACUAAAUUCUAUUUGCAAGGAUGUUCUGAGGCCAUAACACAAGUCAUUGUCAUCGUUAUCACAACCGCCAACGUUAUCGGAGUAAACGCAUUAUCAUCAUUAAACACUUGCUGCAAUUAUGGCUCUAAUUGAAUUUCUAAAUGAAUAUAAUGACACGACAGCAACAAGAACAAGCCCAAGCGCAGCACAAUAGACCAGGAUGUACUGCUUUGUGACCUGGCAUAUCCUGUAACAUGGCCGUGCAAAUUAUAAAGAUAUUUGACAUUGAAGAACGACUUCUUGAUUCCUUUUUGCGACUGGACAAUCCUCGGUACUUUAAAAGCUUACAACAUUCUUAUAAGUGUUUAUGUUUCACCAUUUAAUAAUUUUAUUUUUUGAUUUGUAAUGCAGGCUUAAGAAAAAAUAAAUAACUGUCCUUAAUUUAGUAAAAAAUAAAAUAAAAUUACAAAAAAAGGCUCCUAAAUUCAAAAAUACUGCCUAUUAUAUUUUUGUAUCUUUUAUAUAAUCCAAUCAGGAAUUUAAAAUUGUUUAAUACUAAAUGCUUAUUAUAACAGGCUAAGAAAAAAAUACUAAAGCGAUAUAACUGAAUUUCAAAAUAAAUAUUUUAAUAUUAUUAUGUCCAUA